CACAAAACUACUUCUCCGACGUCAGAGCCAGAGCAACUGAAACUGUUUGGGAUCAUUCAUUUUGUUUCAUCUUUUCACCUGAAAGAUAGAUCGCUUACUCUGAUUGCUUGUUAAAGAUGGGAAUUUACCUCAGCGCCCCGAAAACAGAUAAGGCUUCUGAUGAUGGUGAGAAUGACAGGCUUCGCUACGGUUUGUCUUCCAUGCAGGGUUGGCGUGCUACCAUGGAAGAUGCUCAUGCAGCCCAUCUAAAUUUGGACGAAUCAACAUCUUUCUUUGGUGUUUAUGACGGCCAUGGAGGUAAAGCUGUUGCUAAAUUUUGUGCCAAAUAUCUGCACCGACAGGUGCUUAAGAAUGAAGCUUAUGUAGCUGGAGAUAUAGGCACAUCUUUGCAGAAAACUUUUCUCAGAAUGGAUGAGAUGAUGCGUGGACAAAGAGGGUGGAGAGAGUUAGCUGUCUUGGGAGAUAAUAUAGAAAAGUUGUCUGGUAUGCUAGAGGGCUUUAUAUGGUCUCCAAGGGGCGGUGACGGCAAUGACCAUUCUGAUGACUGGGUUCUUGAGGAGGGACCGCAUUCUGAUUUUACGGGACCAAGCUCUGGAUGCACAGCUUGUGUGGCAGUCAUUCAAGGCAACCAACUUGUAGUUGCAAAUGCUGGUGAUUCUCGCUGUGUAAUAUCAAGGAAGGGCCAGGCCCAUAAUUUAUCUAAAGACCACAAGCCUGACCUUGAAGUUGAGAGAGAUAGGAUUCUAAAAGCUGGUGGUUUCAUACAAGUUGGGCGAGUUAAUGGAAGUCUAAACUUGGCCAGAGCAAUUGGAGACAUGGAAUUUAAGCAAAACAAGUUUUUGCCUGCUGAAAAGCAGAUUGUCACUGCUGAUCCGGAUAUUACUUCUGUUGAGCUUUGCGAUGAUGAUGAGUUUCUUGUGAUAGCGUGUGAUGGGAUAUGGGAUUGCAUGUCAAGCCAACAGCUUGUGGAUUUUAUACAUUUACAGCUGCAGACGGAGAAUAAACUCUCUGCAGUUUGCGAGAAAGUAUUUGAUCGGUGCUUAUCGCCUACGGCUGGUGGCGAAGGAUGUGACAACAUGACCAUGAUCUUGGUUCAGUUCAAGCCUUCGAGUCCAGAUGACCCGGUUACAGACAACCCUCCAUCAUCUGCUCAACUAUGCAAGGCUGAUGAGAGUCUAAAUCAACCAUCUAAUGGUGAAAGAAGUUUAGACCAACCAAUCUAGCUCAACCGUCCAAGCCUGAUAAAAGGUUUAUCAGAAUCUAAGUGGAAAAGAAAUCUAGGCCUGAGUCAGGCCGGAUAGCCAUUAAUCUGUUGAAGCAACCACUAGAAGGAAGAGGAAUCAUUUCAUAUCUAGAAAUCAUGAUGUCGAUUCUCAAGAGCGAAUUGUAUGUUCUAAAGUUCUGCUUUUGUACAUAAGCUUGGAUAUUCAGGAUACUGAAAUGGAAAAAUGAUUCAGCGGGCAUGACCGUGAGCAGUUUCACGGAUGAUUAAUCACUUUAGGGGUCAUUAAUCUGUGUCGUUUUUUUUUUUUUUCUUUU